UUGUUCAUUGACGAAUACAAUCAGUUGACCUUUUCACUCUUUUUUGGUUCUUCUUCCUCUCUUCUCUGGUUCUUCUUCCUCUCUUCUCUGGUUCUUCUUCUUCCCUGGGUUCUGUCUUCUCCUUCUUUCUUGACUCUCCUGGUUCUGGUUCUAUCAGAUCAUCUCCGCGGCUUCCAAGGUAACAUUUUCCAGAUCAUCUUCUAGAUUUUCUUACGAUCGAAUCGAUGAAACUUUGGCCUUUUCCUUUUUGAAUCCCAGGGUUUCUAAAAAUUUCGAGUCGGGAUUAGAUUAUCUAUUAUGUUUUCCGAUUCCAGCCUCGAAUCUUCACCGGAAGCUUCUUUCUGGUGGUUGAAAAUGACGUUGAGCGACUCCGCCCUGCUAAUUGGAGUUACUUUUCUCAAAAUUUGAUAUUUUCUUUUAUUUUCUCUGCAACCAACCAUGAUUAGGUUUAGUUUUUGGUGCGAUAUCUUUUUAGUGGUUUUGACUAGCAAUCCAUGUGAUGAAAUAGAUAUUUGUGAUUAAUUCUUUAACUUAUUAGGGUUUGAAAUAUGAAGCUUGAUCUUAGUGGUUUCGAAUCAACUGCACCCUUUGUUGGUGCUAGUAGUGAGCUUGUUGGUGGCUUAGCAGCUGCCCCUUCAUUUGACAUCCCUGCUACUACCGAUUUUGAUGGCUUCCAGAAGGAAGCCAUUCAGAUGGUGAAACCUGCAAAGGGUACCACGACACUUGCAUUCAUUUUCAAGGAGGGUGUCAUGGUAGCUGCUGAUUCUCGUGCAAGCAUGGGUGGUUACAUAUCAUCACAGUCUGUCAAGAAGAUUAUUGAGAUCAAUCCUUACAUGCUUGGCACAAUGGCUGGUGGAGCUGCUGACUGCCAGUUUUGGCAUAGAAAUUUGGGCAUUAAGUGCCGGCUGCAUGAAUUGGCAAAUAAGCGUAGAAUUUCAGUCACAGGGGCAUCCAAGCUGUUGGCAAACAUUCUUUACUCUUACCGGGGGAUGGGACUGUCGGUCGGCACAAUGAUUGCUGGAUGGGAUGAAACGGGUCCCGGGUUAUACUAUGUUGACAGUGAAGGGGGAAGGUUGAAGGGAACACGUUUCUCUGUUGGAUCUGGUUCACCUUAUGCUUACGGUGUACUAGAUAGCGGGUAUAAGUAUGAUAUGUCUGUAGAAGAAGCUGCAGAGUUGGCCAGAAGAGCUAUUUAUCAUGCAACAUUCCGAGAUGGAGCCAGUGGUGGAGUUGCUAGCGUUUAUCAUGUGGGACCAAAUGGAUGGGAAAAGCUGUCUGGAGAUGAUGUGGGAGAUCUCCACUACAAGUACUACCCUGCAAUGCCAAGUACAGAACAAGAGAUGGUGGAAGGAAUUGAACAAGAGAUGGAGGAAGAAAUUGAACAAGAGAUGGAGGAAGCAUAAAUUUCUAGAU